AUGGGGUGGAUGACACAAGAGAAAGUGGAGGAGGAGGAGAAGAAGGAGGAGGAAGAGCCGGCGACAUGUCGCUGGCACCAUGUGAUGAGGAGGAUCAACAGUUGGUAUGGUUCUCUGGCUUCUUCUCCGGACUCGCGGGCUGUUAUAAGAGUGCGGGUGUCCCCCCUCGAUCGACUCGACAUCAACAAACAAACAAACGGAGGAGGGAAGCAUUUUGACCCGACAGUUUGGACAGGUGUGGGGAGCGAACGGCUGACAAAGCUGUACUAG